AUGCCGAGAGAAUCUGACAGCAGGACAUCAGUCGGAAACGAGAAUGACUGGAGAGAAAUCACCGAUGCCGCCGAGCGUAGGAGGGCGCAGAACAGAAUCGCUCAACGGAAGUACCGACGUAAUGUCAAGCUCCAACAGCGAGAGUCGGACCAUACCAACGAGUCAUUUGCAUCUCGCUCACCAGUAUCAACACAAGGACAUCCCUUAAGGCCACCGACAGCCGCUUUAGACUCAUACGUAAGUAGGUCUUCGUCCGCAAACUCAAACGGAAGCACGACGACGGCUACACCAGCUCCGACAUCGCUGGGCAGUUUCUGGGACGAUACAAUAGAAACUCCCCUUUCCUCAGAGUCAGCCAUCAACGCCGAUGAUUUCGAAGCGCUGUCCCUUAUGCCUUCCAUGCAAGAGGGUGCGAUGUUCACUCGGAAUAGCCAUGAAAUGAACAGUCUAGCACACUGGAUAAAUGUUGAAAAUGACACGUUUUCCGGGAAUGCUUCUACGACCCGACCAGCAAGGUCGUCUGAGUCUCCACCUCUCAACGCUCUGCAGAAGGCUGUCCUCCGAGGUCAAAACAGCAUUGCAAAGCUUCUCACCGAGAACGGCGCAAACCUCCACGUCGUCGAUAGGAAUGGGAACAAUCUACUACAUCUUGCCGUGCAAUCAGGAAAUUCGGCAUCAGUGUUGUUCGCGUUGAGGAAUGGUAUCAAUGUUAACGAGACCAACGCAUUGGGCCUUACAGCUCUACACAUCGCUAUUGAACGCGAGGAUUUAGAUACGAUUAGACUUUUGCUUGGUGCUGGCGCUGAUAUGGAGAUGAAGUCCUAG